CAGUUAAGUCUUUGUAUCUCAGAGCAAGCUGGACUCCUGAAGUGACCAAAAGUUAUUUUUAAAGCUGUUGAUUUUUCUCCCUUUCCUUCUAAAGAGGCUGCAAAGUCUCACAUUGAAACUGACAGUACAAUAUUUAAGGACCUCUAUGUGCUUUGCCAAGGCAGAGUCAUGAAGAAGAUCCAGUUUCUGUCACCACUGAAGGACACCUGCCACUACCCAGACUACAAUGAGAUGCUAAGCAAGUCCAAUGGUGACUUUCCCACAGUGAUGCGGGGUGAUAGAGGUGGCAUCGGGUCCCAUGCUUCCACCCAGCCCCGGAAGAAACGGAAGCCUUGCAGGGUCUGCAUCCCAUGCCUGAGGAAAGAAAAUUGUGGAACUUGCACCCAUUGUGUGAACCGAAGGACCAGCCACCAGGUCUGCAAGAUGAGAAAGUGUGAGGUCUUGAAGAAGAAGAAGAAGAAGAAGUCUGGGGGCAUAAACCAGGUGGAAAUAAAGGACAAUAAAGGAACCAGGGAGCAGGGGCCGGUGCCAGCAGCAGAGACUGGUUCGGAGGGCAGCUCAGUUGAUGGACCCAAAACAGGCCAAAUGGAAGAAGGGCCAUUUAACCAUGUUGAAGAAAGAAGGCUGAAUGAGAGUGAUGGGCCUGGCCUGGCUAAUGGUGGGAGGGAGCAGACAACUGGAAGAGGGGCUAUGAUAAUGGAAACAGGUGCAUGGCUUGGCAGCCCUCACGCUGAGCAAAAAGCCAACUGGGAGGCCAUGCCAGCUGCUCUUAGCCAGGGUGAUUCCACCAAUGCCGACUUGGAGGAUGCUCAGAACCUGGUGGCUUUCUCCGCAGCAGCUGAAGCAGCCAUGUCUGCACAUGGGAUGGUGCCUCCGGCUUCCCCUUCCUUACUGAGCAUGCAGCUGUAUGAGAAGUUUAAUGCUGAGAUGAAUCGAAGUCAGGCAGGGGAUGGUCUGGCCAUUCCUCCUUCCAACAGCUACCCUGGCAUUGAAGAUCUGAAUGCUCUGAAGGCUGCCCUCGCUCUGGCAAAACAUGGUAUGAAGCCACCCAAUUGCAACUGUGACGGACCCGAGUGCCCAGACUACUUGGAGUGGCUGGAGAAGAAGAUCAAGUCAGCCACCGGAGAACACCAGAGUUGUGCCCCCCAGCUUAUCAACCAAGCUUCUGAACCUCCCUUAGACAAUGGUGCUAACCAAAAGCAGGUGCCUGCUGCAGAUGAGAAGCCAACUCUGUGUCCGUCAGAGGCCCUUCCCUUUUCCCAAAGUGCACUGAAUAUUGCUAAGGAGAAGAACAUCAGUCUCCAGACAGCCAUCGCCAUUGAAGCCCUCACACAGCUAUCAUCCGUUCUUCCUGAGGCAGCCCAAGAGGCUCCGCCCCCUCCCCAGAGCCCUCUGCCAGUCAUGGCUUUCACCUCCAAGGAACAGCUGGUCCAGCCUUCCACCUUCCCGGCACACAUCCCUAAUUCGGUGCUAUCUGUGUCCAGUGCCGAACUGUAUCAGAGCCAGGUCACGAAAGCGUAUUCCAGUCACAGCCUGCUUCAGGCUCCCACAUCAUUGGCUUCCUCCUCCUGGCAGCAGGGGACAAAAGUUGCUCAGGAGAUGGCUCCCUGUUGCCUUGAUCGCAACAACGGCCACUUGGACACUUCAGGUUUGUUUCCCAACUGCACCUCCACCCCGCAAAAAGCAGACUUCCUUGAGCAGUGGAGUGAAGAAAGCAAGCUCAAAAGCAACCUCUGGGGCUUGAACUCCAACCCACACCCACCCUCCUUGGCAAGUGAUCCCAUGGCCGAACUGGAGCAGCUUUUAGGCACUGCCGGUAACUGCAUCAAAACAGUAUUCAAACGACCUGACGUGAUGCCUGGCAAAGUGAAAGCCGUCAAAGCAAAGCAGGAGCAGCUAUCCCAGAAUGAAGAGAACCCUGGUUAUCCCAAGCCAGCCUGCUCCAGCCAGCAGUUAUCCCAGCUUCUGCAAGAGACAAACUUCCAUAAGAAGACCCAGAAGGUUCUACAGCAGCACCUUCACCACAAGCGUAGCCUCUUCCUUGACCAGAACCUGCCUCAGGGAGGCUCCCAAGAGCAGCUGCCAAGCUGGUGGGCACCCAAGUCACAGGCCCAGCCACAGAAAUCAGCAGAGAAGUCCCCCAAGGAGAGGAAGAAGAAGAUCCCAGUGGAAAAAGGUGCUCAGGUCAAACCAGUCCGUAAGCAGGUCCAGAUCAAAAAAUCUAAGCAGAAGGACUCUCUGCCCCUCUUCAUGCCCGUGAGACAGAUCAGCUUGGAAGGGUUCCGCUCAGCUGCCACUCCAGAGCGCCUAAGCAAAGAGAUGCAACCUGAGCAGCUGCUCUCUGCAACCCCUACCAAGCUUUUGUCUCCUGCUCCGUUUACAUCCAGCCCUGGGGAGCUGUCUCCGUUGCAGAAGCUACUUGAAAACAGAAGUCCGGCUCCCAACUCUCAGGAAAUGUGCCAUCCCAGCCAGGAGGAGAGCCACUGCUACUACCCAGAGAAUGCUGCAUGCAGUUCUAACUCCCUCAGCUCUCCUGUGCCAGGCUUUGCCCCAUACCCAUCCACAGGUGCUUGCAGCAAUGGGCAUGAGGAAACUUUCCACAGGCCAAUAAACUCGACAGAUCAUCCUCUGUUCACCCACAAUCCCAUCAUGGGGGAGGACAAGUUGGAGGAACUGAUCAAACAGUUUGAGGCCGAAUUGGGAGAAAACUUCAGCUUGCAGAAUUCUGAGCUUCCAGCUCCAGUUCUGCUUCCUGAUGGGCCGUUGCCAGCCCAACCUCCUUCUCCCCCACAUCCCUUGUCUUCUCUGAGCCGCUCUCCAGAGCCUCCUGGGGGCUUGGAUUCAGCUCUCCGACCUUUGGCUGCUAAUGAUUGCACACCGCCUUUGAUGGGCACUCCCAAUGCGGGUCACAAAAUGUUCUCCCUCUUGCAGGGUGGUGAGCAGCCUUUUGAAAACCCUUUUGCUGCUCGGUCACCCAAGCAGAUAAAAAUUGAAUCUUCUGGUGCUAUUACGGUGGUAUCCACCACGUGCUUUUACUCUGAUGAAAACCAAAACACAGACACUGUUUCCAUGGAAGGGACCCCAACCAAGGAUAAAGUGCCACUCACACCUACUCUCAGUGGAUUUUUGGAAUCUCCCUUGAAGUACCUGGACACACCAACCAAAAGUUUGCUGGACACACCGGCCAAGAGAGCGCAGGCUGAGUUCCCAACUUGUGACUGUGUGGAACAAAUAGUUGAGAAAGAUGAGGGGCCCUAUUACACUCACCUGGGGUCUGGACCUACUGUGGCAUCCAUCAGGGAACUCAUGGAGGACCGGUAUGGUGAGAAAGGCAAAGCCAUCAGAAUUGAAAAGGUGAUCUAUACAGGGAAGGAGGGGAAAAGUUCCCGUGGCUGCCCGAUUGCUAAGUGGGUCAUCAGGAGACACAACGCAGAUGAGAAGCUGUUGUGCCUGGUGCGGCACCGUGCUGGCCACCACUGCCAGAAUGCUGUCAUCAUCAUCUUGAUUCUGGCCUGGGAGGGAAUCCCUCGCUCCUUGGGGGACACUCUGUACCAGGAGCUCACCGACACCCUCACAAAAUAUGGAAACCCCACCACUCGACGCUGUGGACUGAAUGAUGACCGGACCUGUGCAUGUCAAGGCAAGGAUCCCAACUCUUGUGGUGCUUCUUUCUCAUUUGGUUGCUCUUGGAGCAUGUAUUUCAACGGAUGCAAAUAUGCUCGAAGCAAAACUCCUAGGAAAUUCAGACUAAUAGGAGACAAUCUCAAGGAGGAAGAAGUACUCAGAAGAAGCUUCCAAGACCUGGCCACAGAAGUUGCUCCACUUUAUAAGAGGCUGGCACCCCAUGCUUAUCAAAAUCAGGUUAACAAUGAAGAUAUAGCAAUAGACUGCCGGCUCGGAUUGAAAGAGGGGAGGCCAUUCUCUGGGGUGACGGCAUGUAUGGACUUCUGUGCUCAUGCUCAUAAGGAUCAGCAUAACCUCUAUAAUGGGUGCACUGUGGUGUGUACUUUGACAAAAGAAGACAAUCGUACCAUUGGGCAGAUCCCUGAGGAUGAACAACUGCACGUUCUUCCACUGUAUAAAAUGUCCACAACAGAUGAGUUUGGAAGUGAGGAGAAUCAAGCCGCAAAGGUGGGCAGUGGGGCAAUCCAGGUGCUUUCUUCCUUUCCAAGGGAAGUCAGGAAACUUCCUGAGCCAGCCAAGUCUUGCAGGCAAAGGCAACUGGAAGCCAGGAGGGCAGCUGCAGAGAAAAAGAAGAUGCAGAAAGAGAAACUGAUUACACCUGAGAAAAUCAAGCAGGAAGUCCUUGAGAUCCCAUCACUCCAGCAGAAUGCAGAUGCAGCCUUGAAAGGUGGAUUCCCGCAGCAGUCGGUCAAACCUUCCAUCAAGGUGGAACCUCAGAAUCAUUACAACAGUUUCAAAUACAAUGGAAAUGCUGUGGUGGAAAGCUAUUCUGUGCUGGGGAACUGCAGGCCCUCUGACCCAUACAGCAUGAACAGUGUUUACUCUUACCAUUCCUACUAUGCACAACCUAAUCUGCCUUCCAUGAAUGGGCUGCAUUCAAAGUUCUCACUUCCAUCUUUUGGGUACUAUGGAUUUUCCAGCAAUCAUAUGUUCCACUCUCAGUUUUUGAAUUACGGCGAUACAAGGACCUCACCUUGGCUAAGCAACACCUACGAGAAAAAGCCUGACGUUCAGAUGUUGCAAGAUAACCUGAGCCAUCCUUACAGGAAUUCUGAAUUGGCAGAUGAAAUCCCUCCCAAAGUACAAAACAAAAACCACCACCAGCGCACCUAUGAGAGAGCCAAUAGGCAUACAGGUAAAACAGCAGCUGUGCCUCAGAGGUCUAACUCAGUCCCUGCAGAAGUCCUGCCAUUUGCACAAAAUGCAAACUGUUUCAACAACCGAACAAUCAAGCAAGAGCCAAUGGACUCUUUGUCACACAUGGAGUCUGUUCAAAGGGCCGCUUCUGUUAGCGGACAACAUUGUGGUCUGAAAUCCGAUUUGCCCCUGUCAUCUCAGAAUGGAGGAUCAGAACAACGAUGGAGCCCUUUUAAAGCCAACAAAAAUGAGUCUUCUUUCAGCAGGACUGGUGACACUGAGAGCCCGUGGAACAUGUUUACGCCUAGUGACAAUGCCAGUGUGCUCGGUGCAAACACACAGAAUAAAUUGAAUUUCUUCAGUUCCCACUCAAACACUACCAGGUUACCACAGUCCCGUCUACUGGAAAAACAGUGGAACUUGUUUCCUGGAGAAGGGCAGCCGCUGCCACUUGGCCCUGAUGUACUUGGAAAAUCAUGGAGCCCUUGCAAAGCCAAUGAAAAUUCUUUGGCAUUUUCCAGUUCAGCAAAUUCAAAUUUUCAGGAGAAACCCUGGAACCUUGGGCAACUGAACUUUGGUUCCACCCAGGGAAGCUCAAGGCUUCAAGAGGAGCUUUGGGGUUCUGCCAAGGUGGAUGACAGGAGAACACCAACACCUGGCACAGGAUUACACAAUAGGUCAUGGAGUUCCUUUGGUUCUUUGUCAACUAUGGCAUCAGCGGGGUGUGGAGAGAAGCCAUUUGCUUCCUUGAAAGCAGAGGGCAGUGCGACGUUGCCAGAUGUUGGUCACCAAGAAAGGCCCCCUUGGGACCCUUUCAGUUUAGAUGACAGCAUGGAAGAGUCAGCUGACAAGAGCAUCAAGGAGGAGGAAGAGGAGGAGAGGGAGGAAGAGGAGGAAGUAUGGUCAGAUAGUGAACACAACUUCCUAGAUGAAAACAUCGGUGGAGUGGCAGUGGCUCCAGCCCAUGGAUCUAUCCUCAUUGAAUGCGCGAGGCGAGAGCUGCAUGCCACCACCCCUCUGAAGAAACCCAACCGGUGUCAUCCCACACGCAUCUCUCUGGUAUUCUACCAGCACAAGAAUUUGAACCAGCCCAAUCAUGGACUUGCUCUUUGGGAAGCAAAAAUGAAACAGCUGGCAGAGAGAGCAAGGGCAAGGCAAGAGGAGGCAGCUAGGCUCGGCCUUCAGCAGGACAUCAAAGCUUUUGGCAAGAAGCGGAAAUGGGGAGGCGGCCUGGCUGCAGAGCCUGAACACAAGGAAAAAAAGGACUCUGUCCCAACACGGCAGGCCCUGGCCAUUCCAACAAACUCUGCUAUCACUGUGUCCUCUUACGCCUAUACCAAGGUAACUGGACCGUACAGUCGCUGGAUAUGAGAAAAAUACCACUCACAUAUGGCCAUCUUACCUCAAAGUCUGCAGCACUGGAAGACAGUGCUGGUUUGUGGUGCUUUUUCCUAGCGGAUGUCAGAGAGAAAACAAACGAAAUCUAGCCAAGUGCGGCAUUUCUGAGAUCUACACUUAGAAGUAGAGUUAAAGAAACUUAUUGCUAUUAACAUUUUUUUCAGUAAUCCAAUAUUUAUAUCUCUGCAUUUUUAAGGAAAAAAAAUCUAUCCUUGUUCAUCACAAGAAUAGAUAAAUUUAUAGUGUCCUUUCACAAAGGAAAGCUUUUAAAUUCCAUUUCAAGUACAUAUUUAUUGGAUUUUUAACAAAAUAUUAUUACAGUUCUGAAGAAGCAAUUUUAAAUGGAAAAAAUAAGCCCCACCCCAUACUAAACCAGAUAAAAAAAUCUGUACAAUUCACUUCUGUGCUGGUGGAAAUCUCAGCCUUGGAGGCCACCUGAAAACACAUACUUUCAAUUGGGGGGGGAUUUGUAAUGAAAUGAGGUGCUUAAUUUGCUGCCUGAACGUUUCUUACAGAUACAGUAGAUUGUUGCAGGGAAAAGGUUUGGUGGAGAUGAUAUAGAGAUCCAAGCUGCGUGACAAUGAAUUAUAUCUAAGCAGUUACUUCCUUUUCAAUGGGUCUUUGCCAUCUUUGAAUAGAAACUUUUGUUACUCCUUGUCAGAAUCAUUCACUCUUUGUAAAACCAAGGAACAGAGAGACAUUUCCCCUGCCCAUUCUACACACACAUGCAUGCAAGUAACUGAAGCCUAAACCUCUGAAUCUCAGAGACUGUGCCCUCUGUCAGGGGCUGAGUAUUAACAUGGAUGUGGUUUAUGCACGUUGAUGCUUGAAUCUCAAUAAGGACUGGCACAAAAUGAUUCUGACCCAAAUUGGCUAAUAAGGCUAUCACAUUGCAGUAGUUAUGGAAUUAACGUGGAUGUGAAUUUACCUCUUUUGACCUGGUUUAGGUGUUUGUUAGCCUGAAGAAGAACAGUGAGAUUUAAAAAAUACAAAAAUAAACCCCCUUCCCUUGUGAAAAGAUUAAGUGAAAAAAGAAUGAAAAGAUUAAGUGAAAAAAGUUGCAUGAUGUGCCUAAAAUGAAGCUAGUUUAGUUUUUCUCCAUCAGCAGUUAAAUCUUGCUAAAUUCAUAUAAAGGGGAGGGAGGAUAAACAACAGAGAGAAGUUAGUCAUAGAGAGGGAGGAAAGGUGGGUUUGGGGGGUGGGGAGAAAUCCAUGUAGAAUGCGGUCCAUAUCAAACAACAUUUAAAGGAGUAUACCUAGUUCAUAUGUUUCGCUUUGUUUCAUUCUGUGGAAAGAACACAGUAGGAUACAGAGAAAGUAGUCUUGUUUGCCUUCCCACAGCUGCAUUUCACAACUUCUAAGCCUGUAGAAUAAUUCCCACAGAGGAGAGAAAAGCUGGUUUGGGCUAUUUCAGACUGUUGUCCAUAUCAGUUUGUAUCCUUCUGCUCUAUAGCACUAAAAGAUGUAAAUUAGACUUUGUAAAAACAAAAAUCUCAGGAUGAACUACUGUAUCUUUCAGAAACCACCCCAAAAACCCAUAUUGCAAAGUUUGGUCGGAUUGUCCUGGGGUGGGGAGGCCAUGGCCUGUUUUUAUCAUCUCUGGUGCAGAGUCCAAGAGAAAGAAGGACUCAGCUGAUCUUCUUUGCACUGCAUUUUCCACUGGUGCAUGCUUACCAAAUGAAAAUGUCCUCUCUGUGCAAGUGGACAUUUUCAAAUGCAAAAAUGAAAUCAAGCAGCUUCUUGUAAGUUAAUUUUUUUUCUGGUGCCAUUUUGGGGUUUUUUUAAAGGAAAAAGUCUACAAUUACGUGAUGUCAAAUUAUUGCAACACAGUUGGUGCUUUUAAAACUUUAAAUCAUAAUUUUUAAAGCAACCCACCCAUCUCAAUCAAUUGUGCAAGUUGUCUUAGGAAUGCUGAUUCACAUAAGUGGCUAGACCAAUUUGAAGCCAGAUCUCCCUUGGAGAGAAGCUUUGGUUAACUAAAAUUAUAACGGCCAUCCCUAAAUUACAGUGGAAUUUACUCCAGUUCACAUCUCAUGCCACCUAAACUGCACCAAAACCAGUUUGGGGAUCACAUUUGGUUUAAAUCAGUUAUGAUCCUGGUGGGGAAGACUGAUUGAUAAAAAUGUAUGGUAAUAGACUGAUGUGUAUGAGAGGGACUUUGGGCAAAUAGGUCUUUAAACUGGGUGAAUUUCACUCAUACCAGAAAUAUAUUGAGCUAAAGAAUGAAAUUCCUAAUGGACUUAAGGUGCUCCUAUCAGAUCCAUUGGGGAAAUCCUGGUUUAACUUUCAUAGGAUGGAACCUUCUAAUCUGGAGGUGGCCCCUAAAAACAUCUCUGCAACCUGAAAUGGGGUCUGUCUUCAGAUUGGAUGGUGGUAAACUCUAGUGACAGCAGGUAAGAGUCUAUUGCCAUCUUUUUCUGCAGGUCUUUCUGCAGAAAAAUGAGACUUCUUCAGCAGAGCAAAUCCCACUGGCUUUGAGGAGCUUGUGUUUGUGCGGUUUCUCAGAAGUGCAGAAGGCCACAAAAGCAAAAACCUGUUAGAGAUUUGAAACUGGAUUAUAAUACUUGGUCACCUUCUGCACUUAACAGGUGCCUUUUGAGAAAAAGACAGCUUGCAAAUGAAAACCUGUACAUAGCAUUUGUUUACUAGAAAACCUUCUCAAUCUUAGUGCACCGGCACAGAAAAACAGGAUCUCUCUAUACAGCAUCCUGGGUGUUUUAUGUGAUUCUGAUUUUAAACUGUAAAUAGAGAAAGAUUUUUUAAAAAAAAAGCACUUUCACCAAGAUUUAAAAGAUAAAAAUACCCAAUAACUUGAAGAGCAGUAUGUUUUAAAACAGAUUAUUGUGGGAGAAAUGUAAAUAGAGACAAAAUAUUUAACAUGCUUUGUCCGUCCUUCAUUUAAUUUUUCUUCUUUUACUGUAUUCUAUAAAGUUCCUUAUAUUUGGCAAGGAAAA